AUGCGCCGAGUUGUCGUGACGGGCCUGGGGGCCAUCACGCCUCUCGGGCUCGGGAUCCAGAGAACAUGGACUCGCCUCAUUGCCGGCGAAUCAGGCAUUGUCAGCGUUGCGCAGCGAGAGCCUCAAGAACGAUGGAGAGAGCUGACAUGCACUGUUGCCGGCGUCGUUCCGGGAGGGCCCGGCGGGAAAUCCAACGGCUUAUGGAAAGCCGACGACUGGCUCAGUGCCGCGGAGCAGCGUCGCAUGUCCACCUUUACGCAGUAUGCAGUUGCGGCCAGUGAUAUGGCCUUGAAGGAUGCCGGAUGGGAAGCAUUGAGGCAAGAAGAGCAGGAGGCGACUGGGGUAUGCCUGGGAAGCGGCAUAGGAAAUCUGGAAGAGAUGUAUGACACGAGCUUGGCUCACAGCAAUGGGGGCUACAGAAAAGUUUCGCCACUUUUCGUGCCCAAGCUCUUGAUCAAUAUGGCUGCAGGACACAUCGCCAUGAGGCACGGCUUCCAAGGUCCAAAUCAUGCAGCCACCACAGCGUGCACUACGGGAGCGCACUCCAUCGGAGAUGCAGCUCGUUUCAUCGCACUGGGAGAUGCUGAUGUCAUGGUUGCCGGCGGAGCAGAAUCGUGCAUCCAUCCUCUUACCUUUGCUGGUUUCGGCAGAGCUCGCUCGCUGGCCACGGCGUACAAUGACAAGCCACAGGCAGCAUGUCGCCCAUUCGAUGCUGAUCGAGACGGCUUCGUCAUUGCCGAGGGAGCAGCAGUAUGUGUGCUGGAGGAGCUCGAACACGCAAAGGCCAGGGGAGCCAACAUCUAUGCCGAAAUCAGUGGGUAUGGAUGCAGCGGAGAUGCGUACCACAUGACGGCGCCGCGAGAGGAUGGGCAUGGUGCAUAUCUAGCCAUGAAGAAGGCUUUGAAGAGCGCGGGCAUUAAGCCGUCACAAGUCGACUACGUCAACGCACAUGCUACAAGCACGCAGGUGGGAGACGCGGCCGAAGCCGCAGCCAUAAAGCGCCUCAUGCUCGGCGAGGAAGGUGUUUCGUCUGAGUCUCAAGUUACUGUGAGCAGCACCAAGGGCUCAAUAGGACAUUUGCUAGGUGCCGCAGGUGCUAUUGAGGCCCUGUUUUGCAUCUUGGCCAUCCAUGAGGGAAUUGUGCCGGCUACGCUGAACCUGGAGCGGCAGAAUGUAGGUGCCGACUUCAAUUUUGUCCCACUAAUAUCUCAAGGAAAGGAAGUCAAGGUUGCGUUGAGCAAUAGCUUUGGAUUUGGCGGAACUAACAGCACCCUUGUGUUUUCCAAGCUUGAGUGA